UGUAAUCUCUGGCUGCACAAAGUUAUUGCUUCAGCUGGAAAGGGGCACCGGGGACGCGUAAAGGACACGCUUUGGAAGAAGGACGAGCCGGGGGACGCGGACGGACGGAGUUUGGAGUCGGGGAGCAGGACGCACACCAUGUCGGGCUCUGCGCUGCUGCUGCUGCUGUCCCUGCUGCUGCUGUCCACAGGAAGUGACAGCAGGAGAGUCAGGAAAAGAGGACUCAACCAUAAGGACUACGAGUACCCCAACCACCCCCAGUCCACGCAGCAGCAGAAGAACGACAGGUGUCCGCCGCCACCCCAGAUGCUGCCAGAGAGAGCCUGCGAGGUGCCGGGCUGCCGCUCGGACUCGGAGUGUGAGCGCCAUAAACGCUGCUGCUACAACGGAUGCAUCUACGCCUGCCUGGAGUCGGUCCAGCCUCCACCAGUGUUGGACUGGCUGGUGCAGCCCAAGCCUCGGUGGUUGGGGGGCAACGGCUGGCUGUUAGAUGGCCCGGAGGAGGUUCUGCAGGCUGAGGCCUGCAGCACGACCGAAGAUGGAGACGAGCCUCUUCAUUGUCCCACGGGCUACGAGUGCCACAUCAUUAAUCCAGGAAACCCUGCCGCUGGCAUCCCAAACCGGGGACAGUGUAUCAAGCAACGUGGCAACUCUGAAGGACGUCUCAGGCACAAAUACUUCAAGGAUUCAAAGGACUACUUGGACCCGUUGAUGGCUCGUUCCCUGACAGGUACCAGUUCCACCAACGGAGUGGACUACGAAAAAAAUCACCACAAGCACCUGGGAUAAAAUCGGCCCGACCUCAGCCUCACCCGCGGCCUCUACACAACCCGACACAUCGCCCCAGUCCUGUUCCAUCCGCUCUCAUCGCCACUACCAGACCUCCAGCGGCUACCUCCUCCUUCCCUCUAAAGCCCCGUAGUGCAGCCUGUCCUCACACAGUGUUUUUGGUCUCCCCGUCUGUGGUCUGUGAGGGAAUGUAGCAGCUGAUGGUGAAGCGGAGCUGUGCACCGGAGCUGCCCGUCGUAUGCCUUAGAAAGAAUUAAGGAACCCACGGCAUUUCUUUGCAACCCUCCCCUUCCCCGCAGCUCAUUGUUAUUCUCACAAACACACUCUCUAACCUUCAAGGCCGGCCAGCAGGGAAAAUCAGGACCAUGUGGCCGCGUUUUUUCAUUUUGUUUCUCUUGUUCUCAGGAAAAUGGUGCUCAAAUUUCCUGAUCUGAAAUCUGGAAGGUUUUAAAGACAGUAAACAGUAAAAAAAGAAUGGAAAAAAA